GGUCCUCCUGCCUUGGCCUCCCAAAGUGCUGGGAUUAUGAGUGUGAGCCACUGCAUCGGGCCCGGGCACAGUGUGUUUGCAGUAGCCACAUUCCAAGUGCUCACCAGCCACAUGUGACCAGUGGCCCCCAUAUUAGCCAGUGCAGGUUAAAAUGAAAAAGGUAGCAUGCGAGGCUGGGCAAAACAUUCCUGUAAGAAGUAUGAUAGGAUACAGAGAUUGUGUCACUAUUUUUGUGAUUCAGGUAUAUUUUCUGUUCCUUAUGGGUUCCCUCCUAAUAUUUAGAGGUCUUUGAAAUUCCAUUGUUUCUUAGCAGUGCUGAGAAAAAUGAAGAAAGUCUUCUUCUUCCGUGCUGGGAAUAGAUUUUCAAGGGAGAGCAGCUCAUCUCCCACUCCACCCUACCCCACCCCUAGAAAUCCCAAGGGGAAAGGGAAAUGCUCAGCACAGAGCCCCUCCCCACUUGGACAGUCCCUUCCUAAAAGCUAACUGUGAAAUCUCUGGAUUUUGUUUUAGAAGGAAAUCACACUUUUUUCAUACUUUCUUUUCACAAUUUUAGUAUCUCAGCUGCCAGAAAUAGAAUUUAUUACUUUACAAUAAUUAUUAUAGCCAAAGCCACCAUAUAUUCUGGAUUUGCCAGGAUGGUGUCAAUUUUGAAUGUUGUUUCUUUCAGGCAGGCAUGGGGAAUUUUGGUUCAGAAAACAGGAUCACUCUAUCACGCUCCUGAGGGUGAACUAUUGGAGAGUCACAGUGGUGAUCAACCAAUGGGUGCUCCGUAGUUCCUGGAACUGAGAACUGAAGUCUGGAUACUUCUCUAUAAAUGGUUUGGGUAGACUCUGCCACUUUCCCCUGGGAUCUGAAAGAGUUCUCCAAGAAGCCCCCCACUUCCCAGGUGGCAACAGGGCAGGGACCUGGGCGGUAGCCCUUAUGCUACUGUUCAUAAAUCAAUCUGAGUUUUAUGGCUGCUUUUUCUGAGGAAGAAGAGAUUCAAAGUUAUGUAGAGGCAACAAAGCUUUCUAAUAAUAUUUUUGGCAGGCUGCUAAAGAAAGAUGAAACAAGAAAAGAUACAGGCCCUGGGAGAGUGGUAGUAGCCCUUGGGACGCCAGCCAGAUGUUGGUGCCCACAAAUCGGGGAAGACAAUGGCCUUUACUGUUGCCAUUUACAAUGCCGGGCAGCUCAUUAAUCAUCAACUAAAAUGAUUUCACUUUCAGGGUUUAGGCAGGUCAGGGCUGGGGUUGGGGAGGGCUGUGGCAGGAGGCCUGGCUUCCCGGCCGGGAAAGUGUCCCAGAGACCCACUAGACGGGGACCCUUCCUCUCCCCUCCCCUCCCUCAGGGUGAAGGGCACCAGGAGUCGGAGCGGGGGUCGAGGUGGGGGUGGGUGCGUCACCCUUGUUUUCCGGGCUGUCAGUCUCCCAGCGUCCCCAGCUUUCCAGGUAGGGACGCCCCCUCCCACGCAGCGCGGUUCCGGCGGGUGGAAAGGAGGGGCUGGGCUCCCAGCGCCCGCCCCUCUAUCCAUCACAUGGCCGGAGAGUCACAAAAACAACAGCUUUGGCCAAGACCGUGACUUCAGGAAAGGGAACCCGGGGCUCUCGCAGCCAGCCCUCCUGCCCAUGGAGGACAGUUUCCUUCAAUCUUUUGGGAGGCUGAGCCUCCAGCAGCAGCAACAGCAACAGCAGCAGCAGCGGCAGCGGCCGCCCCGGCCGCCCCCGCGGGGGACACCUCCGCGCCGCCACAGCUUUAGGAAACACCUCUACCUCCUGCGAGGCCUCCCGGGCUCCGGGAAAACUACACUGGCCAGACAAUUGCAGCAUGACUUUCCCAGGGCCCUGAUUUUCAGCACAGAUGAUUUUUUCUUCAGGGAAGAUGGUGCCUAUGAGUUCAAUCCUGACUUCCUGGAGGAAGCUCAUGAAUGGAACCAAAAAAGAGCAAGAAAAGCAAUGAGGAAUGGCAUAUCCCCCAUUAUUAUUGAUAAUACCAACCUCCACGCCUGGGAAAUGAAGCCCUAUGCAGUCAUGGUAUUUCAGACCGAACAAAAGAAUCUUUUCAGGCUGGAAAUGGACAUGGUAGUUUUCAGGCCAGAAAUGAAGAAACAUUCAUGGUGUCUCAAGAGAAAAAAUCCACCGAAUGAAAGAACGGUAUGAACACGAUGUUACCUUUCACAGUGUGCUUCAUGCAGAAAAACCAAGCAGAAUGAACAGAAGCCAGGACAGGAAUAAUGCACUGCCUUCCAACAAUGCCAGAUACUGGAAUUCCUACACAGAGUUUCCAAACCGGAGGGCCCACGGCGGAUUUACAAAUGAGAGCUCCUAUAACAGAAGGGGUGGUUGUCACCAUGGAUAUUAGAGGCCUAUCUUACAGCCAUGCAGAAUUUUCCGAAGUCAGUUUCUACUUCAAUUUUUGUUAUUCUUUGUUGCAUUUUAGUCAGAGCUCCAAUUCCAGUGUUAAAUAGCUGAACUCAAACGUUUCUGAGCAAAGUCAUUAUAUUCAUUAUCUUCACCAAAAUUUGUUAAAGUGCUUCUAUAUGCAUGGUCUGAUGCUGGGAAUUCUGCAGAUUUGAGUAAACAGGCUCUUUCUCUAGGGUAAGAAUUUGAAACCAAAACUUGAGAACACACCCAAGAACAUAAUUAUUUACAUAGGUUCAUAGAUGAAAUAAAGCGUUUAUAUUAUAUAUAAGCUUCAGUACCAUUUUCUCUGAAGUGAUCUAUUUAUUUUUUCAGGAAAUUCAUCUCCAUCAGGAAAGUUGGGAAGGUUGAGAAAAGUGGUGGGGGGGCAGGAAAAGUUUUAGCACCAUUGCUAUUUUGAUAAUCUAUGUAUCUAAAAAUGUGAGAUGUGCGACUCUAUGAUACUGAUUUUCCUUUAAUGUUAAUAUGCCAGAAAGUAUACAUCUGGGAACAACGUCCUUCAAAGUAGACACUUUGGGAAGUUAUUCUUUUAUUUUAAUGAUGUAUCAUUGUUAAAAAUACUGUCAAAUCCUUAAUAGCUAUAGGAGCUACUGAGGGAAAUCAGUAUCAUUAUUUAAAGUCACACCUUGUGUUUUUACUACUUUAUUCAGCAGGAUUAAACCUGAAUAACUUUUGGCUGUUGUGCUAAUAGUGUAAAUAAAAUAAGCCUGCCUUCAUAAAACACUAACUUUUAAAAGGAAUAGCUAAAUGACUUCUAAAAUUAUGCCUAUUAACAUGUGUAAUUAGUUGGCAGCUCAAAUGUUUGGGAGUGCAAGAAAUUAGGCACCCCAGGAUAUAGGUCAUGCAGGGAUAUAUAAAAGCCAUGCUCAUUACAAAAUGAGCGGUUGAUGUUUUAUGUGGCAUUAAGACAAUCAAGUCCUCAUAACUCUGGAAUGUCUUCUUAUACUGAUGCUGAAUUUAUGAAUCCAAAUCAAUUUCCGACAGGUUGGAAUCAGAUUUAGCGUGAGAUCACGAUAGACAAGACCACAGAGGACGUAUGCUCUACUUCUUGUUGGCCAACAGCUUCUUUCUAAUGUUCUGUGAAAAAUUAUUUUAAGUGUCCUAUAUAAUGGUGCUUUUUAUGGUUAUUAAAAAUUGUAAAUGGUAUCACAUUUAUAUGGAUUUGUCAUUGGUUCUUUUUUUGAUUCAACAAUAAAAAAAUUUAAUUACCUAAAUGCCAAGAAACUCAACAAUAUACCAGUUUUUCUGUAUCACAGGCUUAUUUACCAGUCUUUUUUUUAAUAAAUAGGGAUCAUAAAGG